GCGGGUGCCUGGUGGGGACAGCGCUGGAGCUCCACUGCUCCACAUCCACUUUGCACAAUUUGACGAGAAGACGCCACUUCCUGUCGAACAAAGACAUUGCAAUGUGAAAUAGAGUCCGCUCCGAAAUAUCUGCAGCAACGCCGGCUUCAGAGCACCUUGUUGUCCUCUCCUUGAAGAUGGGACUCUUUGAAAGAUCAGCCAGAUUUGUUUCCCCUCGAUUGCUGCCGAACCUACUCUGAGACUGACACAUUAUGACUUCAUCCAAUAAAGGAAUUUUACACACCUUGUUAAUUUCCAUCAUCAUCUUGGGCUGCCUUUUAACUUUGUUGUUGCUCUAUGUUAAGCCAUCAAACAGUUGGAUUUAUGCUCCGAUGGAAUCGGCCACCUCAGUUCUACGCAUGAGGAACAUCUUUGCUUCACGGAAAGAAGACAAUAAAACCAUUGUGCUCAUUUGGCUGUGGCCUUUUGGUCAGACAUUUGAGCUCAAUUCAUGUGAAUCUGAGUUUAACAUCCGUGAUUGUCGUUUGACUGUGGAUAAAAACUUGUACAAUAAAUCUCACGCGGUCCUUAUCCAUCACAGGGAUAUUAGUGGGGACAUGUCCAAUCUGCCCACAGAGCCUCGACCUGUUUUUCAGAAAUGGGUUUGGAUGAAUCUGGAGUCACCUACUCACACUCCAAAAAAGGCGGAACUUGACCGACUUUUCAAUUUGACCUUGACAUAUAGAAGGGACUCAGAUAUCUCUGUGCCUUAUGGAUCACUAACAAUUAAUAGAGUUCCAUUAGCCUUUGAAUUGCCAAGUAAAAACAGCCUAGUGUGUUGGGUCGUAAGCAACUGGAACUCUGACCACGCCAGGGUGAAAUAUUACAAUGAACUUUACAAAUAUGUUGAAAUAAACACAUAUGGUCAAGCCUUUGGAGAAUAUCUGAGCAAUAACGACUUGAUCCCAACAAUAUCUAGAUGUAAAUUUUAUCUUUCCUUUGAGAAUUCAAUACAUGAAGAUUACAUAACUGAAAAGCUCUACAAUGCUCUGCUUGCCGGUAGUGUUCCUGUGGUCCUGGGUCCAUCCAGAGAAAACUAUGAAAAUUACAUUCCAGCCAAUUCCUUUAUUCACGUGGAUGAUUUUCUCUCACCCAAAGAGCUUGCUGAUUACCUUCACUUGUUGGAUGGUAAUGAAAAUUUGUACAUGAGCUACUUCAAAUGGAGAAAAUUCUAUAAAGUGAGAAUGACUCGUUUCUGGGAUGAACAUGCAUGCUCCGUUUGUGGAAAUAUUCGGCAACAUAAAGAAUAUAAAUCCCUCUCCAGUUUGGAGAAAUGGUUUUGGGAUUGAACUGAAGUAUGUAAAUAGUGUCAAUCACAAACAGCAUUGAUUAUAUUCAAUUGGCUUUGAUCUACAAAAGAAGAUAUUUCAGAUUAAUUCGCUAAUUUAACAAAAUAAUUGAUUUUAUUCUAGUACUCAACAAUUCAAAGUGAAUCGAUGGAUUGUUCCUGGUCAAAUUUCCAACGAUAACUGAGUUCCAGCAGAGAAAUAAAUAUUUAAGAUAAUGCAAAUGCUCAGCCUAAAAGGAAACAAAGUUUGUGUUUCAGGUUAAAAAAAACCUUUGUCCAAUCUGCUGAAGAAAGAAAGCACCUUUGUUUGAAGUUUCUGAGAGAGUGGGGAAGGAUUGUACCGAAUAAAAGGAUAAGUUGAUCAUUUUGGCCAAGGGAUGUUAUUGAGAUCAUCGGAUUGAUGGAUGAAUAGGGAUAAUCAGAGAGAAAUGUUAGAGUUACCUGUGAAAGAGUUAGAAAGUGAGAUAAAACAAAGAAGGUAAAAGCUAAUAUGCACAGACCUCUGCAAUAUGCUGUGCAUAUUAGGCUGUGCUAAUGCUGAAAGAAAAGGAAUCAGUAUGGUAAAUCAAAUGCAAUAGAGAAAACAAGGUUGAGGGUGGAAUGCAGGGGAGAGAUGGGGUCAGAGGAAAGCGAAUGGGGAGAAUGAUAUGGAACAGUUUUGGAAUUCUGGAGCUGUUGAAGAUUUUAAUUUUUAACAUCUGAAGGGAUGGAAAAUAAUUGUCGCUUGCAGCAUCAAAUGUGGCAAUAUGGUACUACAGCCCACAGCAUGAGAUAGGGUGAACAAGUAUAAUUGCAGAGAGAGGUCAAGAGCAAACAGGUAUUGAGGUGUAGCAUGACGAAAGGAUCUCAGGAUGCAGUGAUCGUGAGCAUGAUUGUGAACCAGGGUGGAUCCAAAUUGGGAAGAAUGGAAAUUCAUCUGGAAUAGUUAAAAGAUGGUGUAGGAAUGGUGGCUUUCCAAAGGAAAGAUAUGUUGCCAUGAAAGUGAGGUUUGGUCAACACCUAAUCAAAGACAAGAAGGAAAUAGAAACCACUGACAAUGAACAAACAAGAUGGAUGAUAAUCCAGUUGGAGAACGGGGAAGAACUUCUUCAAGCUUGGCAAUACAGGAAGAGAAGUGGCAGCAAAUCCAACUGUAAAUGAGAAUCAGUUCUUCUGACUUCCAUUAGGUUGUUGUGAUUAUUUGGCAUAUAACAAGCAAUCUUAAAGACCAGUCUCUGUGGCCUCUAACAGCAAUGUUAUUGCAUGGCUUGACCAGAGAUAGAACUCAACUAUCAGUUGCAAAUUUACAAAACAAUAUGUAUUCAUGGUGGACAUGUUGGACCAAACUAUUUUACAAUUGGCCAGUACAAAGGUAUCAAUUUUGUCGAGGAAGGAACUGCAGAUGCUGGUUUAAAGCGAAGAUAGAGACGAAAAAAAGCUGGAGUAACUCAGCGGGUCAGACAGCAUCUCUGGAGAAAAGGAAUUAUUUCCGGUUGAGACCCUUCUUCAUCCCUUCUGAUGGAAACAGGGCUGAGGAGAUAUUAGAGUGGAGUAAAAGGCUCCCAAUUUGGCCAAGUGGAGUUCUAUAAUAUGCAAGUUGGGCUAUGUUGACAUUGUGGGAGCAAAGAAGCACAUUUUAGGUGCCCAGGAAUAGUGACUACUAUGCCUGGAGAAACGUGCCACAAAGAGUUUCCACAAUCAGUAGAUACAAACAAACGACCUUAAUUUGUGGAAAGGUUCCAAAGGAACAGAAAUUUAAAUCAUGGUUAUCAGGAUCACAGGGAUGAGUUUGGCUCAGAUAUAUUCCCUGAAGUACUUGCUAUGCUGUCCUGAGCAGCAACUCCUGCCAACCAAGCUCAAUCACAAGGCAUCAAUCAAUCCUCUCUGCUGCAACUCCCAGCAGCCCUGUCACUUACAUUGUAGUUUAAAGCCAUGGGCAAUGAAACAAAUGGCACCUUCUGAUCUUAGCAUUUCUAUUACUGUAAGUUCCUUACUUUAUGAUGGUCAACUAUUUUCUGAGAAGCUGUUGUUUGAUUGUUGAUAUCGAUUAUUAAUUCAUUAACUAAUUGAUUGAACCAUAUUUCAUCACUCUGCUGAAUCCAAAGUUGGUCAUUAAUUUUAAUAUCUAAUUGCCAUGAUUAGGUUGAUUACAUAUAAGCUGCUGAAUUAAUGUAAGAUGACAAAAUAUUUUUAAUUGGAAAACACUCUGCUCUGUUCGAAGCGACCUGUCGACUCGAACUAUCCAUUGGACAAUCUGAAGCACGUGUUGUCAUGUUGCAUGUCCCUCUGAGCACCAGUUCCAUGUCGGUGUACAAAAUCACGAGAGGAAUAGCUCGGGUAGAUUGUCUCUUGCCCAGAGUGGGGGAAUCGAGAGCCAGAGGACAGAGGUUUAAGGUGAG